AUGCGGGAGAGGGUGCGCUGCCUAGACUGGAGCGUGGGCGAGAGCCUCAGGGGCCCGGCGCCCAGAGCCCCGCACGCGGUGCUCAUCGGUGUGCGGCUGGGGGCCUGGCCGGGCCUUCGAGGCCUUCGAGGGCUUCGAGGCGCGCGGAACGCCAGCGCGCGGAACUCCCCCCACGCCACGCCGCGCCGCGCCGCGCUCUCCAGCCCCUUCCGGGCCGCCGGGCCCCGCGCGGGGGGAGGCGGGCGGGAUCUCGCGAGCCCCCGCGGGCCGGGCCGGGCCGGGCCCGACCCGCCUCGCGCCCGCUACCGGCCUAUCAGCGCGGCGAGUCGGCCGGCGGGGGCGGGCCCUCGGGCGCGGGCUCUCGGGAGUGGCCGGCCCGCGCGUCCGUCAGGCGCGCAUCCGGGCCAGAGGGCACGGCCGGCAGCCCGGAAGAGGGCGGCGGCCAACAUGGCGGCGUCCGCGGCCGGCCUGAGCGGCCUGGGGGGCGGCGCCGGCAGCGGCGGCGGCGGCGGCGGCCUGGGCGGCGGCGCGGGCGGCGGCGGCGGCCUGGGCGGCGGCGCCGGCGCGGUGCCCGAGGCCGGGGACUUCCUGGCCCGCUACCGCCAGGUGUCCAACAAGCUGAAGAAGCGGUUCCUGCGGAAGCCGAACGUGGCCGAGGCCGGCGAGCAGUUCGCGCAGCUGGGCCGCGAGCUGCGCGCCCAGGAGUGCCUGCCCUACGCGGCCUGGUGCCAGCUGGCCGUGGCGCGCUGCCAGCAGGCGCUCUUCCACGGCCCCGGGGAGGCGCUGGCGCUCACCGAGGCCGCCCGCCUCUUCCUGCGGCAGGAGCGCGACGCGCGCGAGCGCCUCGUCUGCCCCGCCGCCUACGGCGAGCCGCUGCAGGCCGCCGCCAGCGCCCUGGGCGCCGCCGUGCGCCUGCACGUCGAGCUGGGCCAGCCGGCCGCCGCCGCCGCCCUGUGCCUCGAGCUGGCCGCCGCCCUGCGCGACCUGGGCCAGCCGGCCGCCGCCGCCGGCCACUACGAGCGCGCCGCGCACAUGCAGCUGCCGCUGCUGCCCCUGGCCGCGCUGCAGGCGCUCGGCGACGCCGCGUCCUGCCUGCUGCUGGCGCGCGACUACACCCGCGCCCUGGCCGUCUUCACGCGCAUGCAGCUCCUGGCGCGGGAGCACGGCAGCCGCCCGGGGCCGCCGCCGCCGCCGCCGCCCCCUGCCACCGCCGCCGCCGCCGGCCCCGCGGCCCCGCCCGGCCCCAGCGCGGGCCCGGCCGCCUCCUCCUCGCAGCCGCCCCCGCCGCCGCCCGCCGCCGCCGCCGCCGCCGCUUCCUCCUCCUCGGCCACGGCCACGGGCACGGCCGCCACCGCCGCCGCCGCCGCGCCGUCGCCCGCCCUGCUGGGCGCCUUCUCCGACGUGCUGGUCCGCUGCGAGGUGUCCCGCGUGCUGCUGCUGCUGCUCCUGCAGCCGCCGCCCGCCAAGCUCCUGCCGGAACACGCGCGCACCCUGGAGAAAUACUCCUGGGAGGCGUUCGACGGGCACGGGCAGGAGAGCGGCGGCCCGCUGCCCGAAGAGCUCUUCCUGCUGCUCCAGUCCCUGGUCAUGGCCACCCACGAGAAGGACACCGAGGCCGUCAAGUCGCUGCAGGCCGACAUGUGGCCUCUGCUGAGUGCCGAGCAGAACCACCUCCUCCACCUCCUGCUGCAGGAGACCGUCUCCCCCUCGGGCCAGGGCAUCUGAAGAACCGGCCUCCGCCG